AUGAGCGUUGGCAAAGCACAAGGAGCACAAAAGGCCGUUCAAAAGGGCAUUCACAACAAGGUUGCUCGUAAGGUUCGUACCUCUACGACCUUCCGUAGACCUAAAACUCUUCAGCUUUCUCGCAAGCCCAAGUAUGCCCGCAAGAGCGUUGCUCACGCUCCUCGUCUUGACGAAUUCAAGAUCAUUGACAACCCCAUCAACUCCGAGUCUGCCAUGAAGAAGAUUGAGGACGAUAACACCCUUGUCUUCUGCGUUCACAUGCGGGCUAACAAGAACACCAUCAAGAGUGCCGUCAAGAAGUUGUAUGACGUUGAUGCUGUCAAGAUCAACACCAUGGUUCGUCCCAAUGGUACCAAAAAGGCAUUCGUUAAGCUCUCUGCUGAAGCCGAUGCUCUCGACGUCGCUAACCGCAUUGGAUUCCUUUAA